AUUCUUUAUUCCUUUAGCCUUUCCCAACCCCUUGUGUAUUCUCGAUUUUUCUCCUUUCUUCCCAAAGGAAAAGCCUUUCAAAAAGUCAAACCUUUGAACUUCAAUGACAACCUACGGCACGAUCCCGACUUCUUCGUCGCCGGGACCGUCGGCGAACAUCGAAUACCUAUCUCGAGCCAAGAAACGUAUCAAAGAAGGGCUCGGAGAUCGUCGUCCAUGGAAACUCAUGUUCAACAUCCGCUCCUUCAACUUUCCCGUCAACUUAUCUGACGCUAUUUCCAGGGUUAGAAGUAACGUUGCUUACUUCCGCAUGAACUACGCUAUAAUCGUGCUUUUCGUCCUUUUCCUUAGCCUUUUAUGGCAACCCAUCUCCCUUAUAGUCUUCGUAGCCAUGAUGGCCGCUUGGCUGGUCUUGUACUUCCUGCUGGACGAGCCUUUAGUUAUCUUCCGCCGUACGAUCGACGACCGUGUGGUUCUGAUCGUGUUGGGGGUUUUGACUAUCGUGUUCUUGCUGUUGACAGAUGCCACGCCCAAUAUUUUGUGGUCGCUUUUGGUUGGCGCGGUUGUCGUUUUGGUCCACGCUUCCUUCAGGAGGUCGGAUGAUUUGUAUGAUGAGGAAUCUGCAGGUUUGACGUCUUCUUCAUAAUUCUGGGUUUCUUUCAUAUUUGAUUUUCAUUAUUAUUCUUCGUGCG